AUGGGAGCAAGACAAGAUUUCAUUAGUUCUACAUUACCGUUUAACAAAGAGCAAUGUAUUGCUGAUCUACAAGAACAACAUACCAACAUGACUAAUUUCAAUGCAAAUGAAAACCGGAUGAUAAAGAAGCACAAUGAUAGCACUCAAAGCAGAGAAUAUAUCCAGGGGACUCAACUAACUAUGACAGAAAGCAUAAUCUCAAAUGCAACAAAUGAUGGUAUUACAGAAGUUAGCUCACAUGCCUAUAGUAGGAUGACACCAGCCACACCUACGAGUGGCAUAGUGAGAAGGAAACAACCAAGUAAAGUACAAAGUGGAAAUAACGAAGAAUAUUGGCACAUGGGAGAUGCAUCAUAUGCAUGUGAAAACUAUCAUGCUUUAUCAUGUCUCAUUCCACCAGAGGGGAGUAUUCUAAAAUUUGCAGAGUUGUACGUUUUUGACACUAAUAAUGAGAUACAAAAUCGUAUGUCUGUCAUAAGUUGUGAAGAAAAGAGAAUAGUACAUGAAGAGAUUGUUAGAGCGUUGAAAAAUAUGCUAGAUGAGCAUAAUGUUUUGGUUAAGGUAUUCCGAAUGGUUAGACAAUUCAUAGCAGCUGAGCCUAGAUCAAAAGUGAAGUUGAGAUUAAUGGGCAAAAGAGGUAAGGAUGGUAGAAGGUACAAUUUAUCCUCUGCGAAUGAAAUUGCUGCAUUAAUUGUUGGGGACUUUGAUCCAGAUAAAAAUGAUAGAGACAUUGUGGUUGAGACUCAGAGUGGUAGAUUACAACGUAUAAACUAG